ACUUCUCUCUUACUUCCAUGAUAACUCCUGUUUUGUCCAUUCUAACUCCUGUUUUGUCCGUUCUCUAGGUAAGAUCUCUGCAGAGGAUGGAAAGAAUCAAUAGCACAUUGUUGACUGAGUUCAUUCUGACAGGAAUUCCCUACCCACCUCAGCUAAGGACGUUUCUCUUUGGGUUCUUCCUGCUGAUCUACAUCCUGACUCAGCUGGGAAACCUGCUCAUUCUAAUCACUGUCUAUGUAGACCCACAGCUCCAUGCCCAUCCCAUGUACAUCUUCCUUGGUGUUCUCUCCAUCAUUGACAUGGGCAUCUCCUCUAUCAUUGUCCCUCGCCUCAUGAUGAACUUCACUUUAGGCCUCAAACCUAUCCCAUUUGGUGGCUGCGUCACCCAACUCUAUUUCUAUCACUUUCUGGGCUCCACCCAGUGCUUCCUCUAUACCUUGAUGGCCUAUGAUCGGUAUCUGGCAAUAUGCCGGCCCCUGCACUACCCCACGCUCAUGAAUGCUAAGCUUAGUACCUUGCUUUUGGCUGGAGCUUGGGCGGCAGGAUCCAUGCAUGGGGCUCUCCAGACCAUCCUAACCUUCCGUCUGCCCUACUGUGGGCCCAACCAGGUAGAUUACUUCUUCUGUGACAUCCCUGCAGUUCUGAGACUGGCCUGUGCUGAUACAUCAGUCAAUGAGCUUGUGACCUUUGUGGACAUUGGGGUGGUAGUUGCCAGCUGCUUCUUGCUGAUCCUCCUCUCCUACAUACAGAUCAUUCAGGCCAUCCUGAGAAUCCGCACAGCUGAUGGGCGGCGCCGCGCCUUUUCAACCUGUGGAGCCCAUGUAACCAUGGUAACUGUGUACUAUGUGCCGUGUGCCUUCAUCUACCUGAGGCCUGAAACCAACAGCCCCCUGGAUGGGGCAGCUGCCCUCUUCCCCACAGCCAUCACUCCUUUCCUCAACCCCCUCAUCUACACUCUGCGGAACCAAGAGGUGAAGCUGGCCCUGAAGAGAAUGAUAGGCGGCCAAGGGGCUAAGAGUGAGGUUUGA